CCCGGGCUCCCCCCGCCGCCGGGCGGCCCGCCCGCACCCCGGACCCCAGGCCACACUCUCAACUCCCGGUUUGGAGAGCAAGAGCCCGUGGGAAACGAAGUUAAUGAAACGGAGAGACCUUGCGUGACGGCAGAGGAUCCCGUCGACCCUUUCAAGAUGAGCGGGGAUCGUUCUCUGAGGAAACAAACCAGACGCCUCGCCGCCUCAGCCGAAGCCCGUGACGCGAAGUGUGUGAACGGACGGCGCCCGAGGAGGCAGCGACGCGUGCCCUAGGGUGAUGCGUCCCCGAGGGGGAACCAGACCUCAGAGAUCUCCUUCGGUUAGAGCCACGACUCCCCCGGGGGGGGGUCCGUCGAGGCGUCGGCCCCAAGGCGCCGGGACAACAGAACCGUCGGCGAGAACCCGGAGCCCCUUUCCCGGAACAGCGUGCCGGGGCGCGAAUGAGCGGGGCCGCCGCGCCCCACGGGUCGCCCGCCUCCCUCUGGUCCGCGCGGAGCCCCGGGCGAUCGGGGAGCGUGCCGCUCCGGCCCGCUCAUGGAUCUAGAUGAGGAAGCGGGCCCCCGGGCGGGCGGCGGUUUCCCGACGGACGAGAGAAGGCCGAGGGCGGAGCGCGAGGACCACCCGCUGAACCGGCACCGUCCGGACGGAGGGGAUCGGCGAGAGGACGCGCCGGCGCCGGACAGCGGCGACGAGCGAGGAGAGAUGCAAGAGGCGGGCUACGGCAGGCCCCCGCCGGGCCGGUUCCUGGCCGCCGAGGGCGAGGACGACUACGGGGCCCUGUUCUCCCAGUACGGCAGCACGCUGUACGACGUGGCCAUGGAGGCCGUCACCCAGAGCCUCCUCUCCAGCAGGAGCAUCAGCUCCCGGAAGAAGUCCCCGGCCUGGAACCAUUUCUUCAUCUCCCCCCGGGACAGCACGAAAGCCAUCUGCAUGUACUGCAUGAAGGAGUUCAGCCGGGGCAAGAACGAGAAGGACCUGAGCACCAGCUGCCUGAUGCGGCACGUGCGGAGGGCCCACCCGACGGUGCUCCUGCCGGACAACGGGAGCCUGCCGGGCCUGGCCUCCUGCCCCUCGCCGUCGCCGCUCCUCCCCGCGCAGCCGGCCGAGCCGGGCGACCUGGGCGGGGCGCUGUCCCCCGUCAGGCCGGUCAAGAGGACGGCCUCCAAGAUCCCCUCCCCGGACCGGAUCACGGAGGAGUCGGUGCCCACCGUGGCCCCGGAGACCCCGUCGGCGGCCCCGCCGGCCCCGGAGCGGGACGGCGGGGCGGCGGGGGCCGGGUCCCCGCCGCGGGCGCCGGGCCCGCGGGACGACGAGCCCCCCGAGGGCGGGCCCGAGAGGGCGGCCCCCCUCCCCAAGAGCGCGGCCGGGUCCCGGCGGCGCUCGGCCGUCUGGAAACACUUCUACCUGUCGCCGCUGGACAACUCGAAGGCCGUCUGCAUCCACUGCAUGAACGAGUUCAGCCGCGGCAAGAACGGCAAGGACCUCGGCACCAGCUGCCUCAUCCGCCACAUGUGGCGGGCCCACCGCGCCAUCGUCCUGCAGGAGAACGGCGGCGGGCCGGGCAUCCCCCCGCUCUACUCGGCGCCCCCGACCCUCCUGCCCUCCCUGCUGCCCUCGGACGGGGAGCCGCACCCCCUGGCGGGCUCCUCCUCCUCCUCCUCCUCCCCCGCCUCCCCGCCGUCCCCGGGGAAGGCGGGCCGGGGCCCCGCCUCGGCCUCCUCGUCCCCCGACCGGGCGGCGGCCGAGGAGGAGGGCCCGCCGGGGGACGGGCCGCCGGAAGAGGCGUCGGCGCCGUCGUCCUCGGAGGAGGCGGGCGAGGCCUCGCUGGCCUCGUCCCCCGACAAGCCGGGGGAGGCCCCGGGCCCCUGGCCGCCGGGCCCGGGCGCCGUCCCGCAGCCGAGCAAGCGGGCCCUGAAGCGGCUCAGGUCGGAGGCCUGGCACCACUUCUCGCCCUCGCCCGCGGACGGCCUGAAGGCCGUGUGCCGCCACUGCGGCUGCUCCGUCAGCCGCGGGAAGAAGGGCGACGUGGGCACCGGCUGCCUGAUGAGGCACCUGUGCCGGCGCCACCCGGAAGCGGUCGGGGCCGCCGGGGGCCUGCCGGAGGCCGGCCUGGCCAACUCCCCCUACGCCACGCUGGCCUCGGCCGAGUCGUCGUCCUCCAAGCUGGCCGACUCGCCCCCGGCCCCCCCCGGCGCCCCGCCGCCGGUCAUCUUCCCCGUGAGCGGCAAGAAGACCUCGAAGCUGUGGAACCACUUCUCCAUCUGCUCCGCGGACUCCACCAAAGUCAUCUGCCUGCACUGCGGGCGGACCAUCAGCCGGGGCAAGAAGCCGACCAACCUGGGCACCAGCUGCCUGCUGCGGCACCUGCAGCGCUUCCACGGGCACGUGCUGCAGGGCGAGGCCCCGGAGCCGGCCCCCGCGGCCCCGGCCGAGGGCCACGGCCCCCCGCCGGGGGCCCCCGACGAGCCGGCCGAGAAGUUCCGGGACUCCCACCCGGUGGCCCGCAAGCUGACGCGGCUGGUGGCGGAGAUGAUCGCGCUGGACCUGCAGCCCUACUCGCUGGUGGACAACGUGGGCUUCACCCGGCUGCUGGAGCACCUGCAGCCCCGCUACGCCCUGCCGGCGGCCUCGUACUUCUCGCGGACGGCCAUCCCGGCCAUGUACGAGAGCGUGCGGCAGAUCAUCGCCGCCCACCUGCGGGCGGCCGAGAGCGGCGUGGUCCACUUCACCUCCGGGGUCUGGGUCAGCCACCAGGCGCCGCGCGAGUACCUGACCCUGACGGCCCACUGGGUGGCCCUGGAGGCCCCCGGGCGGCCCCGCGGGGAGGACCGCCACUGCUCGGCCCUGCUGGACGUGGCCCCCGUGGAGUGCGACUCGAGCGGGCUGAGCCUCCAGAAGCAGCUGGAGCACUGGUGGGAGGCCUGGGUCACCUCGGCCGGCCUGCAGGUGGGCAUCACGGUCACGGACAACCCCAGCAUCGGCAAGACGCUCAACGAGGGCGAGCGGGCCAGCGUGCCCUGCUUCGGCCACACGGUCAACCUGAUCGUCGGCGAGGCCAUCAAGAGCCAGCGCAUGGUGCAGAACCUGCUGAGCCUGGCCCGGAAGCUGGGCGAGCGGGUCCACCGCUCGGCCGGGGCCCGCGAGAAGCUGGCGGAGCUGCAGCGGGCCCACGGCCUGCCCCCGCACCCGCUGCUGCAGGACGUCCCCUCGCGCUGGAGCACCUCCUUCCGCAUGCUGGAGCGGCUGGUGGAGCAGAAGCGGGCCGUGGACGAGAUGGCCGCCGAGGGCAGCUUCCGGGAGCUGAUCAGCUGCGACCAGUGGGAGGUGAUGCAGUCGGUCUGCCACGCCCUGAAGCCCCUGGAGGCGGCCAGCCGCGAGAUGAGCGCCCACGGCUCCACCCUCAGCCAGGUCAUCCCCAUGGUCCACAUCCUGACGCGCAAGAUGGACAUGCUGGCCGAGGAGACCCUGGGCAUCGACACCAUGCUCAAGGCCCUCAAGGAGGCCGUGGUGGGCCGCCUCUCCUCCGCCCUGCGCGACCCCCGCUACGUCUUCGCCACCCUGCUGGACCCCCGCUACAAGGCCUCCCUGUUCCCCGAGCCCGAGGCGGAGCAGUACAAGCGGGACCUCAUCAGGGAGCUGGAGCUGGCCGGCGCCCCCCCCGAGCGGCCCGGCCCCGGGGCGCCCCCGGCCGCCCCCGCCGGGCCCGACGACCUCUGGGCCCUCAUGGCCAAGGUGAAGCCCGAGGCCGACCGCCGCGGCCGGGCCCAGCUGCCCCCCGAGGAGAUGGUGCUGGCCUACCUGGAGGAGGAGGUGCUGGAGCACGGCUGCGACCCGCUCGCCUACUGGAACCUGAAGCGCUCGGCCUGGCCGGCCCUGGCCCGCCUGGCCGUCCGCUUCCUGGGCUGCCCCCCCAGCCGCGUCCCCUCCGAGAGGCUCUUCAGCGCCGCCGGCGACGGCGGGGCCUUCGGCCAGUCCCGCCUCGUCACCGAGCACUUCGAGAAGCUCAUCUUCCUCAAGGUCAACCUCCCCCUCGUCUACUUUCAGUACUGAGAGGCGGAGGAGCCGCCCGGCGGGGAGGACCGGGGGCGGCGGGGAGACGCCGGG